AUGGGCAUAGAAACGUGGAAGAUAUUCCCGAAUAUCCUCUCGGAGUACCCAAAGCACUCCGUUCCGCUGCCGUGCUCCGACCAGAACCCGCGGCUGAAGUGCCCUGAGACGCGUUGGGCCCGUGACUUCUGCCUUGCGCAGGGCGGUAACUGCGAGUACAAGAUAGAAGCGCACUUCGACUGCCUCGAGCAGUACUACCCAAAGGAGAAGGUGACGGAGCUGCGCAAAGCGUUCAAGCCCAAUACACUCGACUAUCCGACCAGCGACACCUACAUUCGCUAUCGGCACUUCUACGUGGGCGCUGGUUGGAUGGGCGGCAAGCACGGCUGGGAUGGGGUCGCGUAG